UCUUUUGACAUAUUUAUUUUUACAAGAAUGAUUGUUAAGCUGAUGGCGACUAAUUGAAACCGGAACUAUGUUGGUCGCCACGCGUGCAAAAUGAAGUCCGUAUUUUUUUGUUUUGUGUUUACUUUAAAGCUGGUUCGCGCGAUGUAGCGCAAAGGUUCUAGGCGUACAGGUAUGGCGUCAGAAUCAACAAAGCUUCAGCACCUGAAGCGUCUUCUAGCAAAAACGUCAACUCAGGUAGCGUCAGAAGCCAAGACUCCGACAGUUCAAAAUACUGAAUCGUUCCGGGAUGACUCGUGGGACCCUGACGACAGAAGCAGCGUGGUGGGAAGCUCGGGCGACGGACCCGACGAUUCAGGAGGUAGCCCUCGUCGUCUCGAAGCUGCAUCGUCAGUGCCGCCCAAGCUCGAGCGGCUACGAGAUCUGCUUCGACAGAAGGAAGACGCCGGGACUAACAAGGGAAAGGCGGCUGGGCUGCACGAUGACACGCCGCUGGUCCGCUCCCAUCGCUUCGGCCCUCCUCAAGAAAACGUGUCCACGGAUCCCCAAAUGGCAUGCACGUCUCGACACAAGCGCCGCAAGAUACGCAGAGGAAAACUGCCAGCUGCGGGACAACGGACACUCGUCGUCGUCGUGGGAGCUGACGUUCGCGAGAAGGUGUAG